UCCUGGGGUUUGCCCUCUUAUCUCCAGCGAGAUAAGGCUAUCGCUCCUUCUGGUGAACCAGAGAAACAAGAAGGCCUAGUUUUCAUGGCGACCGUGGCCUUCAACCUCGUAGGCGCCUUCAAGGGACUCUCCUUGGGGUCGAGCUCCGCAUCUUCUUACCUCAGGGGUGACCUCGGGCUGCCCCGCCCCGGCAGCGGUACCUCCAUCUCCUUCCCCAUGAGGUCCCCACUGACGAUCGAGUCGGCGCACAAGAAGGGGGCCGGUAGCACCAAGAACGGCCGUGAUUCCAGGGGGAAGCGGCUCGGCGUCAAGAUCUACGGCGAUCAGGUCGCCCAGCCUGGUGCCAUCAUCGUGCGGCAGCGCGGAACCAAGUUUCAUCCUGGGAACAAUGUUGGCCUAGGCAAGGAUCAUACUAUUUUCUCUUUGAUAGACGGGCUGGUUAAGUUCGAGAAAUUUGGACCGGACAAGAAAAAGGUUAGUGUUUAUCCACGUGUUGAACAGCCAGAAAAUCCAAAUAGUUACAAAGCAAGAAAAAGGGAGUAUUUCCGACUGCAGCGGGAGCGCAAGAAGGCAAGAAAGGAAGGUGUUGUUUCUCCACAGCUAGUAUUGGCUUCCAGUGAAGAAGCUUCAGAAGUCAGUCCUGUUUGUUGAUGGAUUUGCCAUGUAAAUUUCUGUUUGAAGGUACUGCUUCUAUUUAUUUGCAGAUCUUGUAUUGUCAAAUCAAGUAUGAUUAAGCUCAGAUUUUUUCUUCAC